ACGGUGGCAGAUUUUCAGAGCACGCGUGCCUAUGUGCAUUUCCCUUGCGUUGGGCCUCGGUUCAUAACCCAUCGCCGGCAAAUAAUAUUUUGGCCCCCGAUCGAGAAAGCGGAGUCAAAAACUGAUGUCAGUUCGUACGUGAGCAUUAAACAGGGGUUCUAGGCCGGACCAACACUCCGGGGUUUAAUCAUACCGCGGUCAAAUCGCACCGACAGCAGGAUCUAGUUCCGGGAUUAGGGCCAUCGCUGGACAAGUGUGUGUAUGUCUACUCGCUAGAGUUUUUUCAUGUUCGGGCUUCAGGAGAGUUUAUCCAGCCGGGUGCCCGUAUCUUCGAUGAAGGAAGAACCGCUAUCGAGUCAGUUGAGUGCAGUAAGAAACUGGAUGCAGCCCACAGUCGUGGAGCAAGGCUCGGGGAGCGUCGGCCUAGGAAGGGCGCACUAUGAAAAGCAGCCGCCUAGCAACUUGCGGAAAAGUAAUUUCUUCCAUUUUGUCUUGGCUCUUUAUGAUCGUCAAGGACAGCCAGUUGAGGUGGAAAGAACAGCUUUCAUAGACUUUGUGGAAAAAGAUCAGGAAAUCGACGGACAGAAAACUAACAAUGGAAUACAUUACCGUGUGCAACUUUUAUACGCCAAUGGUGUUAGACAAGAACAAGAUCUCUAUGUCCGUCUCAUUGAUUCGGUUACUAAACAGGCAAUUAUAUAUGAAGGAACAGAUAAAAAUCCAGAAAUGGGACGUGUGCUGCUUACGCAUGAAAUUAUGUGCAGUCGGUGCUGUGAUAAAAAGAGUUGUGGAAACAGAAAUGAAACGCCCUCGGAUCCCGUCAUUAUCGAUAGGUUUUUCUUGAAGUUUUUCAUGAAGUGCAAUCAGAAUUGCUUGAAAAAUGCUGGAAACCCAAGAGAUAUGAGACGAUUUCAAGUAGCCGUGAGCACAACAGUUUUACUAGAUGGCCCGCUAUUGGCUAUAUCAGAUAAUAUGUUUGUCCAUAACAACUCCAAACACGGCAGGCGGAAUAGGCGUCUGGAUCCCACAGAGGGAGGUAUGUGGAACACCACACCCUGCAUCAAAGCCAUCUGUCCUAGCGAAGGCUGGACCUCCGGGGGGACCACAGUUAUAAUAGUUGGAGACAACUUCUUCGAUGGGUUACAAGUCGUAUUCGGAACAAUGCUUGUUUGGAGCGAGUUGUUGACGUCACACGCCAUUAGAGUACAGACACCACCUCGCCAUAUUCCCGGAGUGGUAGAGGUCACUCUGUCGUACAAGUCAAAACAAUUCUGCAAAGGUGCUCCGGGUCGGUUUGUUUAUACAGCAUUAACAGAACCAACCAUUGACUACGGGUUUCAAAGGUUAAUGAAAUUGAUCCCCAGACAUCCGGGUGAUCCUGAAAGGUUACCGAAGGAAAUCGUGUUAAAGCGGGCAGCCGACCUUGCCGAGGCUUUGUAUAGUAUGCCCCGGAAUCCCAACCAACUGUCACUACCUCCACCACGCUCGCCGGCCAUGAACAACAGCUCGGCCAUGUCCGGCUUUAACACCUACACUGGUCAGUUGGCGGUCAGUGUCCAGGAGGCAGCUAAUGGUCAGUGGGAGGAAGGUUAUGGUCGAGGUCAGAGUUCAAGCGUCUCUCCGCGAGGUUAUGGCUCCAAUGGUUCUACACAUAGCAGCAGUAGCAGUUACAGUACGCCCAGUGUCAAUGGUUACCACAGUACACCGGGAGUAUUAGGCAAUAUGGUAGGGCCUUCUCUUACACCUCCACAGCCCCACCAAUCUGUCCCUAGCUCCAGCCCCUCCGUCGGGGGAUGUGCCCCAGGGAUUUUCUCCUUCUCACCUGCCAAUAUGAUCUCUGCUGUCAAACAGAAAAGUGCUUUCGCGCCAGUGGUAUGGGAGGAAUCGUAUCUUCGCCAUUUUCAAGUAUGAAUCCGUUCGCACUGCCGACCUGUAAUGGACAGACGUACGGAAGCUCAAUUGUGUCUCCUGCUAAGUAGUCUCCUCAUCAGAGAUGACUUUGUUACUUGUAUCCCGGACUUCCAUGAGACAAGCCAAUCGGUGGUCUCCUUCUUCAGACGCAUGGGCGAGUGUGUAACGCGUGACAGACAUUCUAUUGGCGGAAGCGUUACUACGGUGUCGUUUACAGGCAGUUGAUCAUGUGUUGGGUGAACUGUAAAGUUUGUCAACGCCUCUCCGAGCAGCGCUGUCAUCGAUCUUUGCCUCGGCUACCUCACAGUUUAUUAUUUGAUGCUCCGUUGGGAGUGAAGUACCUCUGAACGGAGAAGAGAUAGUGUUCCUGAGAUGUGACUUAUAUGAGUGUGUAUUUAUUAAGAUUUACAGUCAGGCCAUAAAAGGCUGAUUGAUGAACCAUGACAAGACGGAUUCAGAGAGACUUAACUCACGGAAAAGUCGGAAGUGAAAUUUGGACCGUUGCCAAGUGCGAUCUUAACUCAUUCAGGUUAAUGCUGUUGAUUUAAGAUUUCGCGCAAUUUAAGAUCUUAGCGUAGUAAAACAAAAGAAAGUUGUACUAUAUUUAAGUUAUUUUAUUGAGAAUGCCAUCUUUGAACUUUUAUUGGAAAAAUUUUAAAAUUGUGUAUGUUUCUUCACAAUGCAAAGGUCUGUCGUCAAGUAUUGUGCUAGUACCUGUAUAUCCCUAAUGUACACCCAGUCCUACUCAUCCACCUUUACUGCGCAUGCACAUUUGGCAGCCUUUGGGUUGAAGCUUUACAUUUUCCCGCCACUAUUACUUUUCGUAAAACGGUGUUUAGAAGGGUUGAAUGUCCUAAUGGUCGAUAGAGAAGCCAUAUGCUAUGGGUAUGAGAUUUUGUUAAGGAAUGUGUGACAAACAUUGCAAUCUGGUAUAUUUAUCUUGCACUAAAUCAGUAUUAAGUCAUUUCCACUAAUUGCAUAAAACCAUAUUUCCAUACAUAUUAUGUAUGUAUCGCCUGGUUAUGAGUGGUAGUUUCAAUCGUCAUUAUAAGUCAAGAGAAACUCACUUUGUCUGGAGGCUAUGUUCAUUAGUCGUGAUAUUUUUGCUAAUAACCUGCUUGAUUUUGAUACAUCAUCUGAAAUAGUAUUUUUACGCUCACUUGGCGUGACCCCAAUUUUUUGUCUUAAUCGCGUGUUAUUUUUUUCUGACUUCGGCUUUUUAAAGAAAAAAAUUUCAUAAAGGCAACAAAAUCAAUGGAUUAUCUUAAAUUCCUUUUCAAACAUACGUGGCGAAAAUAUCCUAGCAUAUCCGAUGAAGUGCUAUACAAAGUUUAAAUGACAAAUACUCCAUUAGGUGGUUUUAUCUUGACAGGCCGUUAACAUGAAUUGCUCUCUAGAGAUUUUAACAUACAUUAAUCAAAGGCGAAUCUUUUAAAAAUAAUUUCUGUUUUUCAGUGUUUUUCUGUAAUUUUGCUUGUAUUAACCGCCGUACCUUUUACCGCAUAUAAAUUAAACAAACGAGAAUGCCUUUCAUGGUAUAGCAGUAAAGUCAGAGACAAUCGGCACCAUUCUUUAAUUUGUGAGAGCUUGGUACAUAAUACUUACGAUGUAUAUCAGUAAGGCCCCACCGACUGAACCCCAUUUUUAGCUAUCCCCUCAUAAUGGGUCAUAGGAAAUUAUUUUAUGUAUAUAGUUUGUACAGCAUAAUUGUGUGUCUGGUAUCUGGAUACGAGGAAAAUCGGAAUGGAAGCGAAGGUGUGUGGUUUUGUAUAUUUUUUUCGUUUGCAUGAAGGUGUGUGAUUUUUUCAUAAAUUAUCAUUCAUUUGUGAAAACAAAGACGCAUAAUUCUCUAUGGUAUUUUGUGUGUGAUGAUGUUAUACUGAGAGACUGGUUUAUAAAAAAAAACUGAUUACAGAUAUUGUGAAAAAUACUCUGUCCCCUUGUGUCAAAUACUGUUAUAGACUGAGUUUACUUUCUCAUGACAUAAACAUGUGGCAUAGUUGCGCAUGUGCAUUUUCUAGUCAUUUUUUCGCGCUCUCGCAACAUUAAAUCAGAUGUGACGUUCAUAAUUGUGCAAUAUUGCAAAAAUCUUUUCUAUUUCUUCAAUCAGCAUUUUAAGUACAUUAGCAGUGCAUUUUCUUAAACUCUACUUUUCUUACUGGGUGCUGUUAUUAUGAAGUUUUUUUUUACUUCCCACUUGUUUUUGAUAACACUUACCUUACCUUCCUGUUUUGCCUUAUUAUAUUGUUUGAUGGAUACAGAAGAUAAUUCCCUGCGCCAGGUGGGAUUGUUAUUUGACGGGAGUUAUCCGGAAUAUAAGAGGCUGGUCGUAUAAUUUGUUCGCUGAAAGACACUCAGAAUAUACCUUCGAAAGAAUCUCAAAGAAAUGCUCACUGCAAAUACAUAAAUGCUACAACAACAACGUCACAAUCAGGGCGGUGGCAAAAGUACUCUUUAAAUACAACUAUUUAUUGACUUAUUCAUUGUCUAUUUCUUCGAAUUAUGAAAAAAGGUUUUAACAUUUUCAUAAAGCAAAAUAAAUAUUAAAAAUCGA